AUGAAAGGCCUGGUGCUUAUGCUCCCGAUGAUAGAUGGCGCAAGUCCGUCUAUCAUCCAAAUUGUGACCCAAACAGACUGUGCGACCGGCUCUUUCUUUGUCAAGGGUGCAUUGGCCCAGCUAGAGCAGCUGCAGAGGACCCAGGAAGCUUUCGAGCGUGCCAAACGGGAGCUGCAAGACUGGCUGGCGAAGAUGGAGGCAGCACUCGAGGGAUGCAAGGAGACGCCGGGAGAGCGGAAAGCGCUGGAGGACCACCUCAAGCGACUUCAGGAGCUCCACAAGCAGAAGCCCCACGGCCAGGCCCUCCUCAACUCGGUGGCGGACAACGGGGAGGCCAUGUACCUGUCGCUGAGCGUGGAGAGCAGGGACCAGGUGCGCAUGGAGACGAGAGGCCUGCGGGACGCCUGGGACGCCGCCUGGGACAAGCACACCGCCCUCGUCAAGGGGCUCGAGUCCUCCCUCAUGGCCUGGAGCGGUUUUCAGGACAGCUGCGGCCGAGUGGCGUCAUGGUUGUCCGACAUGAACUCCGUCAUCGGAGCCGAGGUGGAGCUGCGGCCAAAUCUAGCCGAGAAGCAGCUACAGCUCCAAAACAUUAGGGCUCUCUCCCAAGACGUGACUUCUCAUCAGCCCGUUGUCUCCAAGCUGCAGAAGAAGAGUCAGGAGCUCAAAGAAACUAUGACAACGAGUCAGGUGGAUGCCCUGGUUGCUGACUACGAAGCCCUCUGCUCCAGGACUAAGAACAACAUUGCCCAGUGCGAGCAGCGCGUGAGCGAGCACGAGGCCUACCAGCAGAGCCUCGAGCGGUUCCUCGACUGGGUCAGCACUCUCAAGGUCACGGUGGACGGUCCCGUGGAACAGGGUGACAUGGAGGCCCUCAAGUCCAGGACGGCGUCUUUCUCGCUGCUGCUGGAGAGUGAGCAAGAGGCCCGUACCAAGCUGGAGCACCUGGAAGAGGCCCUGCAGAAGCGAGUGCUGCCAGGCACUUGUCCCUCGGGGCACGGCGCCCUGCAGGAGCAGCUCGCGGGAGCUCGAGCUCAGUGGGAGGCCCUGCUGGAGCAGUGUCGGAGCGGCCACGACCAGGCCUCCGAGUUGCUCGCCCGCUGGAGCCGGGCCACGGACACCCUGGACGAAAUGGAGCGCUGGCUGGCCGCCCAGAAGGCCCGCUCCCAGGACCUGCCCCUGCAGGCGUCGGCCGCGGCCAAACGCCGCCAGCACGAAGCUCUCAAGGCAGGUCUUGCUUAG